AUGGCAGCAGAAGACAGAUCCCUCCGGGUUCUCAUCGCCGGUGCAGGAAUCGCGGGCGUGGCAGCAGCCAUCUCCUUGUCGCGAGUAUCGUCCGCUGUCAGCCUAGACGUCCAGCUCUAUGAACAGGCUCCCGAGCCCCUCGAAAUCGGGGCAAGCAUUGCGCUCAGUCCAAAUGGAAUGCGCACUCUAGAGAAACUCGGUGUGCACAAAGCCUUGUCCGAUGAGGUCGGCUACAGAGGUCCAAAUGGAAUCCCACAAAUUUUUCGGCACUGGAAGACCGACCAAGUCAUCUCCGCGGACACGUACACCAACGUCCCGAAUCCUCGCCACCGUACCACUCGCUUCCACCGCGGCCACUUGCAUGCUGCGCUUUUCGAGCAUGUUCCCAGUCGUUUUAUACAUCUAGGCAAAAGGCUUACCCGUGCGGAAGCUAAUCAAAAUGGUGUCACUCUUCAUUUUGAGGACGGGAGUGAAGCUCACGGCGAUAUUUUGAUUGGAGCCGAUGGAAUUUGUUCGAAAUCAUUCGUUGCUGACUAUAAGCUUCAGUUCAGCGGAAAGGUCUUCAUGAGAUCAACGUUCGAUGACUCGUUGGUAGAAGGCAAAAUCCCCAGUCUACCUACCGAUUCUAUGCACUGGUGGGGUCCGUGCGACAACUUUUUUGCAUCAAAACUUGGCAAGAAUCAAUAUACUACGGUUGGAGCCUACGAUGAUCCCCGGACAGCAGAAAAAUUUGAGAAAGGUAUAUCAUGGGAUCAAAGUGGAGAUGUCAAUUUCCUUCGGGGGAAAUACAAGAAUUGGAAUCCCACCGUCAGAGCUUUAACCGAGCUCACACCCUACACAAACCUAUUUCCUAAUUUUGCCGGAGACGCUCUCCCAACCUGGGUCUUUGCUUCCAGAGCCACUCUGAUUGGAGACGCCGCACACGCUCAUGGUGGUGCUUUUGCUGCCGGAGGCUCCUUGGCCCUGGAUGACGCACUUGCUCUAGGUCUUGCCUUCAGACAUGUGUUUAAGCCUUCCAAUUCCGGUCAGCCCUUCUCGCUCGAUGACAUCAGAAAAGCACUGGGACUAUACAGCAAUACUAGACAGCCGCAUACAGCCCGCCUUCUCCGGAUUGUACACAAUCAGAUUGAAAAGAGAGGGGUCCAGUUCGAUUCACCUGGAGAGGAAGAUGCAGCAUUGGUUACCAGGAUGAGGAGUAGACCCAACACCGAAGGGCUUUCUGAGCAUGAUGUUGAAGCUGCGUUCGUAGCCGCUCUCGAGCAGACCGGGGCAGCAGAAGCUCCAGAUCAAUCGCAGGCUUUGAGAAGUACGGAUGAGCGAGCAGACGAAUCUAGGGUCACGAUUCAACUAAAAGGCAGUAACCUGUAG